GGCCUCGCAGGCGGCUUCAGUGUGGGGCGCCGGUCGCGUUCUCUUCUUCCAACCGGGCUGGUUGGUGGUCAGCGGGUCCGGUCCUCGUCCGCGCCUCGGGCCCGAACGGGGCCUGUGGCCAGCUCCUCGAGCCGCCAUCCCGGCCCGCCGCCCACAUGGCGGCCAUCAAGGCCCUACAGGAGUGGUGCCGGCAACAGUGCGAGGGCUACCGGGACGUGAGCAUCACCAACAUGACCACCUCGUUCCGCGAUGGCCUGGCCUUCUGUGCUAUCCUGCAUCGACACCGGCCUGACCUUAUAAACUUCAAUGCCCUCCGGAAGGAAAACAUUUACGAGAACAACAAGCUGGCCUUCCAAGUGGCUGAAGAACAGCUGGGCAUCCCAGCCCUUCUGGACGCUGAGGACAUGGUGGCCUUGAAGGUUCCAGACCGGCUGAGCAUCCUCACCUACGUGUCACAGUAUUACAACUACUUCCACGGCCGGUCCCCAAUUGGGGGCAUGGCUGGUGUGAAGAGACCCUCAUCCGACUCGACUGAAGAAUGUCCUGGAAAGAAGGUCCUGCCCUCACCUGCCAAGGUGCCCUCACCAGCUCCAGCCCAGAGGUCACCACUGUCUCCAGCUAGGACAAACCCCGUGGUUCGGAGGAAUGAGAGUGGCUCAGAGAGGCCAUCUCCAAAGGCUGCUCUGGGAACUGCAGGCAGUUCCGUCAGCAGCAUCUGUGGGAUCUGUGGCAAACACGUUCACCUCGUGCAGCGGCACCUGGCUGAUGGGCGGCUCUACCACCGAAGCUGCUUCAGGUGUAAGCAGUGUUCCAACACACUGCACUCAGGGGCCUACCGUGCCACAGGAGAGCCGGGCGUCUUUGUCUGUACCCAUCACAGCCAAGAAGUCACCUCUGGGAGCCCCAAGUUGUCAAAACUGGCCUCCAGACAGCCAGGGGCUGUUGCUGCAGACACUAGGCCAACCAAUGCCUCACGGAAAGUUCAGGAGGCAAAUGGACCAGGAGAGGGGACACCACUGAGGACCAAGGCAGCAGCCUGGGAGCCCUCUGUAGGCAACACAACUGCCAAAGGUUUUGUCCAGACUGAACUUAACCGGCCAGCCACCUCCUGUGUUCAAGUGGGGAGCCCUGCAGGGCCCAGGCUGUCCACGAGCCCAGUGGCCACUACUUCUGUGACUAGCAAAGCCAUCACCCAUGUGACUAAUAGCUCCCCGGCAGGCUGGUCAUCACCUGCCAAGAGCAGCAGCACAGCGACCAUCGACUCCCGUCCCCUUGUGCACCCAAGUACUCUGAACUCUCACCCGUCUGUGCCCCAAGGCCAGGCAACUUCCAAAGGUGUUAAGACUCCGCUCAACUUGAGCACAGCAUCUCCAAACACAGCGGCCACCCCAGCCUGGACCUCAGCCGCCUCUAGGACUCAGCAAGCCCGAGAGAAAUUUUUCCAGAAUCCUGCUCCAGCCCCAUCUAACAACAGUCCUGCCAGCAGGGUCCCCCCUGUGGUGAAUGCCCCCAAUGGCAGGGUCCCCUUUGUGGUGAAUACAUCCACCAGCAAGACCACCACUGUAGUAAAUGCCCCCAUCAACAAGGGCCCCACUGUGGUGAAUGUCCCUGCCAGCAAGGUCUCUGCUGCUGUGGAUACCCCUGCCCAGGAGAGCAGCCGUGAGCAAGCACUAAGUGUACUUAGGAAGGCCCUACCGGGGCUGACAGGAGCUGGUACACAGACGUCAGGCAGGUCCUCCCAAGCCACUUCCUCCAUCCCAAUGUCUCUUCCCAAGAAUGAAGUACCCCCAAAAGUUCCCUCACCCAAGCUAUCACAUUCAACCACUCCCCGGCCCCCCGCUUUGAAGAUGGAGCCUACCGUCCCCCUGAGUGUGGGCAAUACCUCAUGGGCAUCUGUAUCACUCCAGACUGGCAACAAGAGCCUAGGUAUAUCUCCAGGGGUUGGUAAGACCAGUGCCGGCUCCAGGCCACAAGCAGAAGCGGCAAUACCGAAGGGUCCGGGUUCCACCUCUCAGGAAGGCCAGGAGGAGGGGCCAGAAGGAUGGAGAGCCCGCCUGAAGCCUGUGGAUAAGAAAAGCUCUGCCGGGAGGACUUUGGAGCCAAAGGAAGUACCUGUCCAGGCAGAGCCGAGGGCAGGGGAUACUCCCAGCAAAGUCUCCAGCAGCUCUAGCCCCAGCGCUCACAUCUUCUUGACUCCUGUUCAGAACAAGAGGACACCGUGCCCGGCUGGUUCCGGGCCCAGCCCUGCAGCAGCCCCUUCUCCUUCUCUGUCACACCGUAAGAAACUAGCUGUCCCUUCCAGCCUUGAUGUUUCUGCUGAUUGGCUCCAGCCAGAGCUCAAGAAACAGGAAGCUCAGGCCAGGAACAGGAAGGAGGAGAAAAUGUCCACCUGGGGGACAAGAGAGCGGUCUGCAGUCCUGGACAGUACACAUGGUGAGACUGUGACCUCCCCAGUCAGGCUGCACCCCGACUAUAUCCCCCAGGAGGAGCUGCACAGGCAGCUGCAGGAGAUUGAGAAUCAGCUCGACGCCCUGGAGCUCAGGGGUGUAGAGCUGGAGAAGCGGCUGCGGGCAGCCGAGGGAGAUGCUGCGGAGGACAGCCUCAUGGUGGACUGGUUCCGACUUAUUCACGAGAAGCAGCUGCUGCUGAGGCUUGAAUCAGAACUCAUGUACAAGUCUAAGGACCAACACCUGGAGGAGCGGCAACUGGACCUCCAGGACGAGCUGCGGAAGCUGAUGGACAAGCCAGAGGGUCUGAAGUCCCUCCAGGACCGCCAGCGGGAACAGGAGCUGCUGAGUCAAUAUGUGAACACUGUGAAUGACCGCAGUGACAUCGUUGACUUCCUGGAUGAGGACCGGCUCCGGGAACAAGAAGAGGACCAAAUGUUGGAGAACAUGAUCCAGAACCUGGGCCUUCAGAGGAAGAAGUCCAAGUUCCGCUUGUCCAAGAUCUGGUCCUCAAAGAGCAAAGGCGGGCAGACCUGAGCUGCCCAUAACUGGCACCAGGGCCCUGGCCCUUCUCAGGAAAAGACUGGUGCUGGGACCCCAGAAGGAUGCUUGGGGGUGCCGGGGCCCAUGCCUCCCACUCUGAGUCCCUGUAUCCUCAAUAAAGACAUCGACCCUCCCACAUCUGCCGUGUGUGUCCCUGUGCCAGGUCGGUGCCAGGUGCUUGGGUGGACACUCAUCCUCUGUUCCUUUUCUUCUCUGUUGCUGUGGUGAUGUAUCUGGUCGAGGCAACUGAAGGGAGAAGAGCUUGUUUGAGCCCUCAGUCCCAGGUUACCAUCUGUCACUGCAGUGAAGUCAUGGAGGGCAGGCCUCGGACCAGCUGAUCACAUGACAGCCACAGUCACCAUCAGAGAGAAAUGAGUAUGUGCACACUUAGUGAUCAGCAUUCUUUUUCUGAGACAGGGAUUCUCCAUGCAACCUCCCUGGUUGUCCUGGAACUCACUCUGUAGACCAGGCUGGACUCGAACUCACAGAGAUCCGCCUGCCUCUGCCUCCUGAGUACUGGGAUUAAAGGCGUGCACCACCACCACCCAGCUCAGUUGGCUUUUCUACUUUUAGAUAAUUCAGGUCCCAACCCCAGAGAGUGCUGCUGCCCUCUUUCAGGCUGGGCUUUUCUACUUCAAUUGAGGCAAUCAAGACAAUCCCCCACAGAUGUGCCUCCAGACCAACCUGAUCUAGGUGGGCCUUCACUGAGACUCUAGACUAUGCCCAGUUGACAGGUGAAGGUAACCGUCACCCCCUCUGGAUAUGUUCGUUACUCUCUGUCUGUGCAGAUGGACAGGAGGACAGAAUGGAACACUAUAAUAAUUGUGCCCCCAUGGCCUGGGAUCUGUGCCCUGGACACAGGUGGCCCUGGGGCAGAAGAUGCCUAGGGUUGAUGAUAGGGCCCCUGAGUAGCUGCGAGGGUGUGUCUUCUCAGAGCUGGGGUGUACUCUACAGGCUUGAGAAAGACCAGUGGGGUAAGAGAGGCUUGGGGGAGUCAGGCCACGGAUGGGUAUGGCUGGUUCAAUAGCAAUGUGGCUAAGUGUGGCAGUGUGCUACCUAGUUGUAUGCCAACUUGGCACAAACUAAAGUCAUCUGAGAGGAGGGAACCUCAAUUGGGAAAAUGCUUCCAUAAGAUGGGGCUGCAGGCAAGCCUGUGGAACAUUGUAUUAAUUAGUGAUUGAUGUGGUUUGGCCCAGCCUAUUGUGGGCAGUGCCAUUCGUGGGCAGGGGAUCCUGGGUUCUGUAGGAAAGCAGUCUGAGAAAUCCGUGGAGAGCAGGCUGGUUAGCAUCCUCCUCCAUGGCCUCUGCAUCAGCUCCUGCCUCCAGAUUCCUGCCUUGCUUGAGUUCCUGUCCUGACUUCCUUUAGUGAUGGACUCUGGAUGUGGAUGCAUAAGUCAAAUAAACCCUUUCCUCCCCAA